AUGUCGAACAUUGUUGAGGCUGAACAGCAUAAGAAGAAAGGGAAUUCUCAUUUUAGUAAUAAAGAUUAUAACAAAGCUAUCGCGGAAUAUACUUUAGCUAUUAAUAAAGCUCCUAAUAACUCCGUUUAUUAUACAAACCGCGCGUUAUGUUACUUGAAAAUGAAAAACUAUGGCAAUGUUAUAGCAGACUGUGAAAUGGCUAUUAAACAAGAUUCUACUUCGGUUAAAGGAUAUUAUAUGUUAGGUCAAGCUUUAACAGAACAAGUUGAUUUUGACACGGCUAUUUCAAAUUUACAAAAAGCAUAUGACCUUACAAUUGCAGAUAAAGGAGUUUUUUCUGCUGAAAUUGUUCAAGCUUUAUUAAAUGCUCGAAAAAAGAAAUGGAAUUUAGAAGAAAAAAAACGUAUUGAACGAGAAUCAGAUUUAUUAAGAUAUGUUAAAGGUUUAAUUAACGCGGAACGAGAGAGACAACUUCAAAAAGUUUCAUCGAAAAGUAAUAUGUUUUCAAAAAUUGUUAGUUCACAUCCUCCUGAUGUUCAAGAAAAAAUGGAUAUUAUUAAUCAAGCCCACAACGAAAAACUCUCUCAAUUAGAACAAGUAUUUAGUCAAUCUGAUGAAAAUCUUAAAGUUCGAGAUUUACCUGAUCAUUUCUUGGACAAAAUAUCUUUCAAUAUUAUGCAUGAUCCAGUUAUCACUCCAUCAGGAAUUACAUAUGAAAGAGCACAUUUGAAAGAACAUUUUAAAAAGAUAGGACAUUUCGACCCAUUGUCAAGGCGUGAAUGUCGAGAAAGUGAUUUAUAUCCAAAUUUAGCAAUGAAAGAAGCAAUUGAAGACUUUUUAAACAAGAAUGGUUGGGCUGCAGAUUAUUGA